GUCUACCAGCAGCAAGAUGUUCCUCUUUACUUUGGUUCUUGGGGUUCUGCUUCUCCAAAAAGCUGACACCCUGGACUGCUAUGAAUGUACACCUGACCCCUAUGGGACUUGCAAAGAGGGACAAACAACAUGUGAACCUGUGUUUAAGCAAUGUGCAGCAUUAAAACAGGUUACCUUUGCAGAAUCUAUAAGUCCUAUAGAAGUCAAGGCCAGAGGCUGUGGUACCCCUGCAGACUGUGUUGAAGGGUCUGUCAACUAUGGAGUGUCGAGAGCUGUGGUAAAAAGCACAUGCUGCUCAACAAAUCUCUGUAACUCCUAUCCUGUUAUUUCUUCCAAUCCUCCUCCAAAUGGAAGGAAAUGCUACACCUGUGUAGGCGAAAACUGCGGUAAAACACUUCAAUGUUUAGAGAAUGAAAACUACUGCAUCAAAUCAGUAGCGAGUUCCAGUGGACAAACCGCAACACUAAAGGGCUGUGCCUCCGAAUCAGUGUGCUUGGAUCUAAAAACUUCACUAAUUAAACGGUUGACAAACGACACUGUGACAAAGAACACUGGAAUAAAGCAUUACUGCUGCAAGGGUGACUUCUGCAACAGCGCCAGCAGUGCAAGUCCUGCCCUUCUGCUGUUUUUGAUGCCGGUGUUUUUUAUGUCUUAUUUUAGCUGAGAGGGGAAAAAAAUGCAUAUCUGAAAACUUCCUUUAGAAGUAUCAUUAAUUUGACAAAUACAGUCAUCUACCUUUGGCUGAGUUUGUAAAAAUUAAGAUAAGGUUACCAAAAUGCUUGCUUAGUGUGAGGGAUUGCCUUCCAGUCAAUGAGUCAAUGCAAUCAAGUGGUUUUACUUAGAUAGAAAACCUUGAACCAAUCUGAAUGUAUGAUCUGAUUGAAUUGUAAAGUGCUUUAAG